CAAGCACACAUCGACACACGCACAAACACACUUUAGCUGUGUCUCCAUAGUAACCGGCUUUGCUGCCCCGGCUUGGGGAGGAAAUGCCAAACUCGGUGCUUCAGAGCAGCUCCACCAGAACGACAGCUCUUUUCUGUAACCCUGUGUCCGGCCUCGACGGAAACACCUCUCGUCUUAUCACUCUGCUACCUCCCUCUGUCCAUUCUCCCCUCCCCAUAUUCCCCUCUAUCUCUCCCUUCCUCUUUCACUCUCUUAUUCUCUCAUCCCUCCCUCUUUCUCUCUCUCUCUCUCACACUCUCUGUGCCUCUCUCCCUCCCCUGCCAGUGUUAAGUUCAUUGAAGUAGACAACAGAGCGAUGAAAGAGAAGAACCCCUGGCACACGCCGGUGACCAUCAUCAUCACUGUGAUUGGCGUCAUAGCGAUUGUUGCCUUGGUGACGGUAGCAGUUUUGCAGAACAUGCCCCUCCUCCAAAAGUACAAGUAUGGGAUCGUGCUGGACGCCGGCUCCUCCCACACGUCUCUGUAUAUCUACGAGUGGCCGGCGGAAAAGGAUAACAACACUGGAAGAGUUGAACAGAAGCAUUCCUGCACAGUCGACGGUCCUGGUAUCUCCAGCUAUGCGUCUGCUCCGCCGAAGGCUGGGGAGUCUCUGAGGGCAUGCAUGCGGGAGGCCGAAGAGUGGGUGCCCAAAAAACGGCACCACGAGACACCUCUUUACCUGGGGGCUACCGCCGGAAUGAGAUUGCUUGACAUGGAGAACAAAGUGGUGUCAGACAAGGUCUUUGAAGCCGUGAAGGGAGCGCUGGAAAAAUCCCCCUUUUCCUAUCAAGGGGCGAGACUACUCAAGGGCCAGGAGGAGGGCGCCUUUGGCUGGGUCACAGUCAACUACUUGGAUGACCGCCUCAAACAGGGCUUGGAAACCACCGGCGCCCUCGACCUCGGCGGGGCCUCCACUCAGAUUAGCUUUGUAUCCGAUAAUUAUGACGGUUCAGAGUCACCUAGCAACUCCGUCACUUUCCGAUUAUACGGAAACGACUACACGCUGUACACUCACAGCUUCCUGUGUUACGGGAAAGACCAAGCGCAACGAAUUAGGCUGGCAGAACACACUCAAUCAGGUCCAAAAAUAGUAGCAGAUCCUUGUUCCCACCCUGGGUACUCUGAAACAAAGAAGUACUCUGUCCUCUAUGACAGCCCCUGCGUGUCAGACAGGAAACCACAAGGAGCUCCUGAAACCUUCGAUCACACCGGGACAGGAAACUUCCAAGAAUGCCAGGAAGUCGUCAAAAAAGUCUUCAACUUUACUAAAUGCAAAUACAGCCAGUGCUCUUUCAAUGGGGUCUUCCAGCCAAUUCUGCAGGGGCCUUUCGGGGCUUUCUCUGCUUACUACUUUGUGAUGGACUUCCUCAAUCUGACCGAUACAUCCAUCACUCUGGAGGAUGUCAAGGAAAAGCUCAAACUCUACUGCGCUACGCCUUGGAGUCAGAUCGUGCAGCAGCAUCCAAAGACAAAACCAAAGUAUCUGGCUGAGUACUGUUUCUCUGGCACGUACAUCCUCACCCUGUUGAUAGACGGAUACAACUUCACCUCAGUGAGCUACUCCGACAUUAGAUUCAUUAAAAAGAUAAAAGGAAGUGAUGCCGGCUGGACGUUGGGCUACAUGUUGAAUCUGACCAAUAUGAUUCCAGCCGAGGCUCCAGACACUCCCCCUCUGCCCUACGCCGGCUACGUCUCCAUAGUAACCAUCAUUGCAGUGCUGAUCUUCAUCCUCUUCCUCGUCAGCGUGCGCCCUCUCUGGCCCCACUGCUCCAAACAGCAACAGAUCGUAUAAAAACACACACACGUGCACAGACGUGUGCACGUGUGUGUGACGGCGAGUUAGGGGGAUGUCUGGGAGGUGGUGUUGGCGUGUUCUACCAAUUUCUUUUUAUAAAAUAGUCAACUUUUUAUAAGAUAGUCAACUUUUGUGGGGGGGCGGGGGGGGGGGGGUGAAAGGUCAACGUCUACUGCACAUCAACAGUUCAACUCAAUUCAAGGACAUUCCAGAAGGACAAAUACUUCCUCUUUCUACAGAGUGAGUGUUGAUGGACAGUUCUUGUGUUUAUGUGCGAGCUUGUAUGUUUGAAUUUGAAUGGGCGCUUGCGUGUUUGCGUACAUAUAUCAGUCUGCAUGUACGGGUCUUGAAUUACGAUGUGAAUAUGAUACUGUACUGUAUAAAUAAAUGAAAUAACCCUUGUUUAUAUAAAAUGUUUUAAAUCGCUUAUCAUUUGUAAAAAAAAUUUAAAUUAAAAUUAAAAAACACA